UUAAAAGAGGCGCAGACGCUGGUAACUUUAUCCGUCACUUGCUUUAACCAGAACCUUCGCUCUUAAAUAUCAGCCUCGUAAGUGCGUAAAUAUGUGGAGGGCUAUGCUUUUCUACAAAUACUGAUAAAAGUUUAUAUUAGUUGCACUGUAGUGAAAAGAAUGGGUUGAAAUAGUCCAUGAAAGGCAAUAACGCGUCGGUCUGGGGUCGUUUCACACCUCAACGGCUUCUGUUACCGUUGACAACAGCCCGCUCGUGACUACAGUACUUCCACAUGGGACAGCGCACAGUCCUUCCUCAGAAUGAGAUUACAGCAAUCAACAAGAUUAACUGACUCCCGUUAAAUCACUAGUAUAUUCUGGGGCGGCAUUACAAGGCUUCUCGUGGCUUAUAUAAGGAAUUUACUCGGGAGGAAUAAUAUAUAUCAGGGGGAAAAAUGAAGGAUUUGCCGGGAGAUUGGAAGGACUACCAACUCACGGUUGCGCUGCGCAUUCGACCACUGAAUGAUGCCGAGAAAGAGGAGGGAGCAACCAUAGUGGCGCAUAAGUUUGACCAUCAGAUGGUGGUGUUAAUGGACCCCUGUGAGGACCCUGACGAUGUUCUGAGGGCCAACCGCUCACGUGAAAAAACAUACAUGUUUGAUGUGGCAUUCGACUAUACUGCAACCCAGGAGGAUGUAUAUGUGGCAACAACAAAAAAUCUUAUUGAUGGUGUUAUCGCAGGUUACAAUGCCACAGUCUUUGCAUAUGGACCCACAGGUGCAGGGAAGACAUACACUAUGUUAGGGUUAAAUUCUGAGCCUGGCAUUUACAUUCGAACACUCAAUGAUCUAUUCAGAGCCAUUGAGAACAGCACUGAGGACUUGGAUUGUAAUGUUUCUAUGUCAUAUAUCGAGAUCUAUAAUGAGAUGAUCAGAGAUCUGUUAAAUCCAUCUUCUGGAUACCUGGAAUUGCGUGAGGAUGCAAAAGGAGAAAUACAAAUUGCUGGCAUCACUGAAUUCUCUACAUGUAAUGCAAAAGAGAUAAUGGCUCUUUUGACCAAAGGAAAUAAACAGAGGACUCAGGAGUCAACCGCUGCAAACAAGACGUCAUCUCGUUCUCAUGCAAUACUUCAGGUGACUGUCAAGCAAAAGAGUCGUGUAAAAGAUAUCAACGAGGAGGUCAGAGUGGGAAAACUAUUCAUGGUAGACUUGGCAGGAACUGAACGAGCAUCACAGACGCAAAACAGAGGAAAGAGAAUGAAAGAAGGUGCACAUAUUAACCGCUCUCUGUUAGCACUGGCCAAUUGCAUCAAUGCCUUGAGCGAGAAGGGUGGGAAAGGUGCUCAGUUUGUCAACUACAGAGACAGCAAACUCACCCGACUUCUUAAGGAUGCUUUAGGUGGAAAUAGUCGCACAGUCAUGAUUACCCAUAUCAGUCCUGCCAGCUCCAACUUUGAAGAGUCAAGAAACACACUGGUUUAUGCUGACAAAGCAAAAAAUAUAAGAACCAAGGUGAAGCGUAAUUUGAUGAAUGUUUCCUAUCACCUGGCCCAAUACACCAGCAUCAUUGCUGAUCUGCGAAGUGAGAUUGACCGACUUCGUGCAAAGAUCGACCAACAGAGUCAAGAGCAAAAGAAAGAAGAUAAAGCAGACACUCUGGACAUUCAAGUGGAGGUGCAGCAGUACAGUCAUGGUGAGAUGGCUUUACUGCGGGAGCAGCUCCUGUCUGCCUUCAGAGAGCAGAUGGAGAUCAGGCGCAGCCUGAUGGAGCUGGAGAACUGUAACAUGGAACUCCAUAUAGACACCUCCAGACAUCUGCUCACCAUCUCAGAUUGGGAGCAGGAUCGAGCUCGCUGUGCUCGGCGAGGGAGAGACAGAGGUAAAGAUGAGGAGCAGGAGAGCGGAACAGAGGAACCGCAUUACGUUGCAGCAGCUCGUGAGGGGAUCGGCCCCCUGCUGGCUGAACAGAGAAAGACAAUGGCACUGAAACAUGAACUAGAGGAAAAAUUAUUGAACAUGAAACUGAAGUCAUCUAAGAUCGAGGAGCUGCUGCCUAAACGGAUCAGUAAUGAUGAACAAAGAGAGAUUCUGAUGCUGCUUUGUAAAGUCCACGAACUGGAGCUUGAAAAAACUGAAAUCCAGUCAGCCGUGCUCUGCAAGGAAAACACCCUCAGAACUAAAGACUUCAUCAUUCAGCGCCAUGAACAGCAACGGGCGCUCUGUGAUGACAUCAUACACCAGCAAAAGGCCCUAAUUGAAGAACAAGGAUUUUGUGUCCCUGAGGAAUUACAAGAGCUAUAUUCACUGUACUUUGGUGAACUGAGUGACGGAAGCAUCGACCAAAUAGUCAACCUUCCUACUUUCACCACAAACCACAGAGCUGAUAGCUCCAUUAUGAUUAUGGCCAGACAACUGAGACUUGAUGAUGUCAUCUCAGAUUUAAACUUUUGUCAAGAGGUGAAAAUACAGCAACAAAACACAAAGUUCAGUCCUUUAGAUAAACAUCCCCCUGAUUCCUCUUCAUCUGGACUAGAUUAUGACAGUGACAGUAACAGAGUCUUCAAAUCAUCAUUUAAAAUUCAACCAUGGAGACAGCACCACUUAACUUCUAGCACACCUGCUGCCAUGAAGCAGGAAUGUGCUGUUGAGGAAUCUGCUCCCAUAUGUCUUGCUGAACCUGUAAGUCCAGACACUCUGAGGGAAAUUGUCAGUGACACCAAAAGUAUCUUGGUCAUCGCAGCAAAACGCCGCUCCCACCUUCGAGUAAAGGAGACCAGCUCCAGGCUAGCCAGUGUGACUUUGGCCACAGGGCUCAAGUCUUCAUUGAGCAUGGACAGUCUAGUGUCUACUUUGGCAGAUGAGACUUCUGAGGUCAAAAGAAGCCCGCCAAGAUAUGGAAGAAGCUCUCAAUCAAAGCAGGAUCCAAAGAGAAAAGAGGGCAGGGUGGAGUCACCUGAUAGACUCCAACGCAAAAAGCGCUCCAGAUCUUUUGAAGCGAGCAAAAGGCAGGUACAAAAACCAAGGCAAAACCCUUCCAGGUAUCCAGCUUUGGAGAGCAUCUCAGACAACUGUCUUGUUCGACCAGCACUGAACAUAAUCCAGCCACUGAACGGCAGUGCUGGAAACCCUUCAACACCCCCGGCAGCUAAAGUGAAGAACCCUGUCUCUCACCAUACAGGUGAAUUGCAGAAGUUGGAGAUCAGGGGAACACCACCCAGUACCAUCCAUCAAAAAAACACAGACGUCAAACGAGGACAACCCAUCUAUAAACGAAGAGGUCCAGCAGAUGUUUCUUACACCAGCACUCUCCUACAGCAACCAGGCAAUUUCAAGAAGCCCACCAAUGAAAAUGCAAGACAAAAAGCAAUGACUGACAUCAACAGAAAGAGUGAAGCAUGGCAAAAAUACAAACAAACUGUAAAAAAGUAAUCCUGAAAGAGAACAGAUAGCAAAACUAAAAUUCUUAAUGUUUUGUCUAUUUUGAUCAUUUUGCAUUAAAAUGUUACUGCAGAGAUCGUUGUAAAAUGACGUCAUUUCAUUACAUUUUAUUUCAGCAUUUUAUCAGAUAUGUAUUCUAAGUCAGGAAACAUCACUGGCUGCACCAUGUGUGAUGAUAAUGAAAAUAUAAAACCUAUUUGCACUUUUAUGAGGUUAUACAAUGAGUUUGGGUGUAAUUUUGUAACUUUGGCAUAAUUGUAAACCUUUAUAUUUUCUAUUUUGUUUUGUUUUUUUUGUUUUUUUAUAAAUUAAGGAAAAAUAAAAGAAAGUGACCAAGUGAACAAAAUAAAAAAUGAUUUUAGAGACCAAAUAUAGUGUAGUAUUAAAUUAGUCAAAUGUUCAGAGCUCUCUCUCACUCACUCACUCACUCACUCACUCACUGUCACAGUCUGUCUCCCUCGUGUUUCCUAGGGCUCUUAUUUUGAAGUGUUUUCCCCGGACUACGUUACCCAGUAUGCACUGCCCUCAUUACUGCCGUCUGUUCCUUAUUGUUCUCACCUGUUUUCCAUUCCCUCAUUAGGCCCUCUAGUUUAGUUCCUUCUUUGUCAGUUCUUGUUUGUUGUUUCACUGUCAUCAUUUGUG